AUGGCCCUGGUCACCCUGCAGCGCUCGCCGACCCCCAGCGCCGCCUCCUCGGCCAGCGCCAGCGAGCUGGAGGUUGGCAGUGAUGAAGAUCGCAAAUUAAACCUUAGCUUAAGUGAGAGCUUUUUCAUGGUGAAAGGAGCAGCGCUUUUCUUACAACAGGGAAACAGUCCACAAGGCCAGCGGAGUCUGCAGCAUCCUCACAAGAAUGCAGGUGACUUGCCCCAGCACCUUCAAGUGAUGAUCAACCUUCUGCGCUGUGAGGACAGAAUCAAAUUGGCUGUGCGCUUGGAAAGCAUGUGGACAGAUCGAGUCAGAUACAUGGUGGUCGUGUAUAGCAGUGGGCGGCAAGACACAGAAGAAAACAUUUUACUGGGAGUGGACUUUUCUAGCAAAGAAAGUAAAAGCUGCACUAUCGGGAUGGUCCUGCGCCUGUGGAGUGAUACCAAGAUACAUCUUGAUGGAGAUGGUGGAUUUAGUGUGAGCACUGCAGGGAAGAUGCAUAUCUUCAAACCAGUUUCUGUGCAAGCUAUGUGGUCUGCCCUGCAGAUCCUCCACAAAGCUUGUGAGGUCGCACGGAGGUACAAUUACUUCCCAGGUGGAAUGGCUCUGGUCUGGGCCACGUACUAUGAAAGCUGCAUCAGUUCGGACCAGAGUUGCAUCAAUGAGUGGAACACGAUGCAGGACCUGGAGUCGACACGCCCCGAUUCCCCAGCGUUGUUUGUUGACAAGCCAACUGAGGGGGAAAGAACAGAGCGGUUCAUUAAAGCCAAACUCCGAAGUAUCAUGAUGAGCAAAGAUCUGGAAAACGUGACCUCCAAAGAAAUACGAAAUGAGCUGGAGAAGCAGAUGAAUUGCAACUUGAAAGAAUUCAAGGAAUUUAUAGACAAUGAAAUGCUGCUUAUCCUGGGGCAGAUGGACAAACCAUCUCUGAUUUUUGAUCAUCUGUAUCUGGGGUCUGAGUGGAAUGCCUCCAACCUGGAAGAGCUUCAAGGCUCGGGCGUCUACUACAUUUUAAAUGUCACCAGGGAGAUUGAUAAUUUUUUCCCUGGUCUAUUUGCGUAUCAUAAUAUCCGGGUGUACGACGAGGAGACGACAGACCUCCUGGCUCACUGGAAUGAGGCAUAUCAUUUCAUAAAUAAAGCCAAGAAAAAUCACUCUAAGUGUCUGGUACACUGCAAAAUGGGUGUUAGCCGGUCUGCCUCUACGGUUAUAGCUUAUGCAAUGAAGGAAUUUGGCUGGUCCUUGGAAGAAGCCUAUAAUUACGUGAAGCAAAAACGCAGCAUUGCAAGACCAAAUGCAGGCUUCAUGAAACAGCUGCUGGAAUAUGAAGGGAUUUUAGAUGCAAGCAAACAGCGUCAUAACAAGCUGUGGAAGCAGCAAGCAGAGAGCAACCUAUCCCAGAAUGCAGAUGAUUCUACGGGGCCCAAUGACUUCCUGCUCGAUAGCUUAGACAUCGAUCUAGAAAACCGCCUAUCUGAUCUGGACGCGCCUUCACAGUCCACGUACUUGGACAACAGAGCCAAUAUGGAGGCCGGGGGGUUUCACUACUGCUUCCGGCGCCUGUCCGACUCGCUGCUGGAGAACAAGCUGCCUGGUGACAGGGAAAUAUUUUUCCAGGUGGAGGAUCUAGAGCGAGACGUGCUUUCGGAGCAGGCCAAUUUGCUGGUGGAUCAGCCUCCCCAAAUCCCUCCUGAGGCUGCGGCAGACACAAUGAAGGCCAAGGAGAAAGUAGAACCACUGGCAGAGCUGAGAAGUUUCUGCGAGAAGGAAGUGAAGAAGUUGGAGUCCAGCAUGCCAAAGGGGAGGAGUGUGCCCAGUCAGGUGGAUCCGGGAAAGGAAAGCAUCAGGGAGGAAAAUCCCGUGGAAAGGUGGAAGCGGCGCUUGUCUGUACACAAGGAAGAGAACUUACUGAACAGAGAGAACUUGAAUAACAACAACAGCAAGAGGAGCUGCCCAGAGGAGUUCGAGCGUGAUGCCAUAUUUGGAAUCCUCAGUAAAGUCAAGCCUUCCUACCAGUCAUGCACUGACUGCAUGUAUUCCUCAGCCAGUGCAUCCGCUGAAGCCUCUGGGGAGCAGUGUGAGACGCUGAAUCCAGCUGCCGCAUGCUGCAGUUCUACAAUCUGUACUCAGCCUUCGCUCCUCUCCCAUGUGACUUCUAACUUGUCGGACCAAAUGCCUAGCAAGUCGCAGGCUGAGGAAAUAAUCAGGGCUAAAAAUGAUGUUUUGCCUCCAUUGCUGCAGGGAACUAGUGUUUUGGAAGGUGGCACCUGCAAAUCUGUGGCGGAUCAGCAUUGCAAUAUUUCUGAAAAGCCAAAAGAUGCACCAAAAACACCUGUCAAAGCACUGCUUGUCAGGAGAAAUUCCCACUGUGAGAAAAGCCCUCUGAAUACAGAAGUGAUGAAGGAAGAGCCUCCAUCCAGAAAAGAUGUCAAACCCACGAAGGACCUGAAGUACUUGCUGUUUAGUAAGGAUUUGGAAAAGCCAACCACAAACAGUUAUUUGAUGCAGCAUCAAGAAUCUCUUAUUCAGCUUCAAAAAGCUGGCUUAGUUAGGAAGCAUACCAAAGAACUGGAGCGUCUGAAGAGUGUGCCGUCAGAAUCCUCGUCACUGGUAAGAGAGAGCUCCGUGAGCAGAAUUGAUGCUAGUAUACCAGAGGAAAACCAAGAUUUGGCUUUGCACCAAGACCCAGUAUCUCUUCUGGGUCCAGCACCUUUAAUAUCUGAAGACACAGAGAAUGAUGUGGAGAAGUUAGAGGCCAAAAACCCCUUACAGGGACUGUCUCAGAAAACCUCCACGCCUGUCCUGUGCAGGCUGGAACACAUGAGCAGUUACACAAAGGACUUUCUGAAGACCAUAUGUUAUACGCCGUCAUCUUCCAGGAGUUCCAACUUGACGCGCAGUUCUAGUAGCGACAGCAUACACAGUGUGCAUGGGAAACCUGGCCUGGUGAAACAACGAACUCAGGAAAUCGAAACCAGGCUACGACUUGCUGGUUUGACUGUUUCUUCCCCUCUGAAGAGAUCCAAUUCUCUUGCCAAGCUAGGGUGUCUUAACUUGUCCUCCGAGGACUUAUCGAGUGACAUGGAUGUGUCAACGCUAAUGAACUCAAAAGAGGCCAAAUCGAGUGAGUCUUCCAUGCUUUGUGAGUCACAAUCCUCUCUGAGGAGCAUGGACGUAAGCUCCAAACUGCUAGCAAAUUCAGCCACAGGAAACUUGAAGAGCACACUUUGGAAGGGCAAAAGUUGA